GAAACGUCUAGCAGCUCUAGCAAUUCUAGCUCUAAAAAUUCUAGCAGGCCUAGCUUUGAUAAUGCCAGAGGCCACAUUCCCGAGAUUACUAGUGGUUCCGUCACCAAGAAUGGCAGUGGCCCCAUCACUGAGACCACCAGCUAUAUGACCAAGAAUGCCAGCGGCCCUGUCAUGGAGACUUCUAGUGGCCCCAUCACUGAGACUCACAGUGGCCCUGUCGCUGAGAAUGCCAGCGGCCUCGCCAGUGGUCCCAGCAUGGAAAUGGAAGGCCCCAUCUCCAAAACAGUCAGUGAGAGCAAUGUCAAAACGACGGGCGACCAAGGUGGCGAGAUUCUGGUUGACCAAGGCCCUCCUCCAGCUACGGCUGACGCCAGUGCCCAAGCUGCUGUCCAAACUCCAUCGGAAAACUGCCCAGAAAGGACAGCUAUGAGUAAAAGCAAGAGUAAACCUCCUCAGGAAUUGGAGAACCAGUUUAUAUUGCGUGUGCCUCCGGAAUAUGCUUCUACUGUCAGAAACAUAGCACAUUCUAGAGAUGUUGCCGCGAAGAAUAGACUUAAAAUUGAUCUAUCUUCUGAUCUACGCAGAGCAACUGUUGAAGUGGACAAAACCACACUGCCUGCUAAGCUGGUUGACUUGCCUUGUGUUGUCGGAAGCCUGAAAACUUUUGAUAAAAAGAAUUUUCAUGCAACAGCAGACAUUUCCCAGAUGCUUGUUUGCACUGCUCCUGCUGACGGUCAGCCUCAGUCUUCUCCAGAAGAGCCAACUACUUCUGCCGAUCUUGAUUUAACUGAGAAAAGUGAAAGACGGAAGAAGAAAACCUAUGCUUGGAAACAUGGCAUUACUCCACCACUUAAGAAUGUCAGAAAGAGGAGGUUCCGGAAAAUAACAAAAAAGACUGCUGAUGUAAACCAGUUUGAAGAAAUCAGCUUUACUGAGUACGUUGAUUCUCCAGAAGUGGAAAAGGAAGUGAAGAGACUGCUGUGUUCUGAUGCUGAAGCCGUCAGUGCCCGAUGGGAAGUCAUCUCAGGAGGUGAAACCAAGGAAAUAGAAUGCCAAGGCAGUGUUCCAAGCUUCCAGAUGUCCCUAGGAAUUAGAGGCCACAAGAAGAGCCGUGACUUAUCAGAAUAUAAACUGCUUCCGGAGAUGUUUGAUGAGUCUAGUACUGACACUGAGACUGAGGAGGAAAAACAAGAGGAGGAGGAGGAAAUAACAGUGAUGAAGGUGGUAGACAAAAAGCGUGAAGAGGAGGAGGAGCAGGAAGAAGAUGAUGAUGAUGAAGAUGAAGAGCUGAUAGAGGAUGAGGAGGAGGACAAUGAGUACGAAGAGGCUCUGGAAAGGGAGCUACAAACCAAGUUGCUUGAAUCUGACAUGUAUGAGUCAAAGGAGAUUAUCACAUCCCUAGUCAUGACAAUCCAGAAGCAGAUGAGUUUCUUGGAGAAAAAGCUCUUUGGGAUUCAGUGGAAAAUUCAAAGACAGAAGCGUCUCCUAACGAAGGUGGAAAGCCUGCCACUCAAGACUCAUUUGAACUCUGUGCUGGAGAAGCUUAAGGUAGAAGAGAAACAAAGAAAUGAGCAGCUCAUUUCCCUGAAGGAGAACCUGAGAUAUGUUCUACAGAAGUAAAGGGCAUCAUCAGCCUGGACCCAAAUCUUGGAUUCACCAUCCUGGCUGAAGACUGAAUAAGAUAGUCCAUGAUUCUUUUCUUUUAGUUGCCUUAGUUUGAAUCCAUUGCAUUUGCUUCUCUGAACUUUUUUUC